AUGACAAAUACGGGAAGAUAUGAUCAUGUAACACCAGCACUACGGGCAAUUCGCUGGCUUCCUGUAGAGGAACACUUAAAAUAUAGAGAGACACUAAUAACAUACAAAUGUAUGAACGGAUUAGCACCACCUUACCUAUCCAAAUUAUUUAUAAAAAGAAAUGAAAUUCACGAUCUAAAUACAAGGAAUAAUAAAGCGCUACACAUCCCUCAACACAAAACAGUUUCAGGACAAAGAACCUUUUAUUACAGAGCGGUGAAGUUAUGGAAUGACUUGGAUGAAGACCUUAAAAAGUUACCUUGGAAAAAAUUUAAAACUGAGUUAAAGCAGAAGAUGCUAAACAACAAUUAA